CAUAUGUCAUUUCUGUUUUAUUUGUCAGUUAAGCGUGAGACCUUUGUUUCGAUGUCUAACAAAUUGCAAAACAACUGAAAAGACAACAAUGAAAGGACCCAUAAACUAUCGUAAUUUCAGCAGGGAUCUCUUCACCAUCACAUUUCUUAUCUUAACCUCAGGUUGGCAGAUAAAGUUAUUUCUGAUUCGUACUUAUUUCCCAGUUCUUUCAGUGAGUGGAUGCAAGGUAGAAGUCCAACAGUCAAACAAUGUGAUUAGGCGAAAAGAACAACAAUCCGUCUCUAUUCCCUGUUCUUUAAACAUAUCCAGCUGCCCAGGUCACAGACUUGACCAACUGAAAUUCACUUGGUAUGUGUUCCGGAAAGACUCUCACUACCAGAUUGAUUUAAUGAGCCAAUCAGUCAAAUACACACUGGAGGAUCAGAAUCUGAAAAUCAACUCUUUGUCAACACAAGACUGUGGUGUGUAUUACUGUGCAGCGGCUCUGCAUGAUGUGGCACAUAACGGGGCACAGGCGAUUGGACAAGGGACCACUUUGAAAGUGUCAAAGUGGGGCUUUAACAUCCAUAAAGCUCUUUUAUUGACAUUGUUUGUCCUACUGAUUGUGUACAGUCUCCUCGUCUUGGGCAUUCUCAUCUGCAUAAAGACUGGACAAAUCAAAUCAGUCUUUAAAAGAAGAUGGCGACAAAAUGAGACUAAGAAGGACUAUCCGAAACCAGAAACGAUUUUCAGUGGAGUGGUGCAAGAACUGUGCAAGAGGAACCUAGUCAGUGACAAAAUUCAGGCUCACUACAAAGUUUCGCAAGAAAAGUCUAAAGGUCCUCAAACACAAGACAGGAGUGAAGAUAUUUACCAAAAUCUGGAUGAUUGAAAUACAGCUAAACCUUUGAUUCAUGCUUGUCCCUUUGAUCUGCAAAACCAUCCGCUUGGAAGCAAAACUGGAAACUACCACUUCAGGAAAAGGACUGUACAAAGCCAAAUUAAUUUGACUUGAAUUGAGGUUUACGCAAUAUACUGUAAUAUUGCACGCAACAUUUAAAAAUAAUGCUCACAUGCUUUUUCAAGUGUGAUAUUUUUAGAUAUGAAAUAUAAUCCAUGUUGUAAUAUUGUGGCUGGGUGACUCAACAUUACAACAUGUUGUGUUGUCUCUGUUGGAGACUAGUGGAAGUUUUGCAUUCUCAUACAGUACAUAAAAGUGUCAUUUUGCAAUGCAUUAAUAAAACUGAAACUACAUUGUUAAACGUAGUAAUUUGUUAUGUUAAAUAUAUUGAAACUUAAGGUAUUGGAGCUGCUGUUGUUUGUGUUUCAUAUGGGGGCAUUUCACUCCCUUAGUUUUUGAUUUUGUGUUGUCUGUUCUUCAAGAGCACAACAAUCAUUUCAUAAGUGAGGGGGGCAGAAUGUUUAGUGUAAUAAGACCAGUUGUUCUGACCAUUCAACAAGUGUAAUUAUCUCUUAUGUCUUAUCUUAACUUUAUUUGAAGCUACUUGUACUAUGGAGGCUAUGAAGCCUAUUUUAGGGAAUAAAAAAAGAAAGUGACCUGGUCAUCUUGGAAACCCCAUAAUUAGUUCCCAGAUCAAUAAAAAUAAAAGCAAUGAAUUAGAUUGCAAAAAAACUCCAGUUAGCCUGUUUACUAUUUAUUUACAAAUGAUUAAAAAACUGUUUAAACAGUACAAUCCCAUUCAGUCCCAUUUCAGAACACCCUGUUGGUCUUUUCAGUUUCUUUUAUUUCUGUAAUAAAGUAGCCUAUUUAAUACAAUUAA